AUUUUGAUAAUGCUAAUUGGGAAUAUCCAUUACUAGGCUCGAGAAAAACUCUCUCUCGUAUCUAUGGAGUUCGGAUUUCAGGGUUUUUGAAUCGGUUUUGAUUUCGGUUUUUGAUUGGGCUUUUGAUGAGGGUGGAUCUUGUCUCGAGAUUUUAUCUGGUUGAUUUGGUUUUUUGGGGUUUUGAUCUUGCGGAUCUGCGAUGGGGAUCUCAGAUAUUUGGAUACAGUAUAAGGGAUUUUCUUCGAUUUUCUCUGGUUUCAUGGGGAGUGAUACGGGCGAUUAAUUCAAGCUCUCAUGGGUUUCGUGUUUGCGAGGAUCUCGGUAUCAUUGGAUUCAUUUGGUGGGAGUGGGCGUUAUUUCAGGGAAUCAUGGGUUCUUUUUUACGGGUUCAUUUGGAGUUUUUUUCUGCUGAAUGUGUCUCGUCAGGGGCAAUAACUCGGGGUCGUGAUUUUGGGGAUCUCAAAGGCGGUUCUCAAGGGAUGAGGAUUUUUUCCAGCUUUGCGGAACUGGAUUUCUGGGUUGAGGAGAUUUGGUCCUUGGACUAUAAACACUACCCAUGCUAGGGAUGUCACAAAGUGGUCUGAUGCUUCAGGGUUUGACAGGGAGCUCUUCGGGUUCUGGGAGCAAGCUGAAGAUCAAGGUCCCACAUUUUGAUAACACAGCAUUGAUAGAGGGUUAUUCCAAAACGUUGAUUGGUCAGUGCAUGAAUCCGGUUAUGCAGGACAUGAAAGCUUUGCUUUUCAUGCUUCCCCGGAUAUGGAAGAUGGAGGAGAGAGUGGAUGGGGCUGAUCUCGGUUUGGGGCGCUUUCAGUUUGAUUUUGAUCAAGAGGAGGACAUUCAGGAGGUUUUGAAGAUGGAACCAUACCACUUCGAUCAUUGGAUGCUUUCAUUGGUCCGAUGGGAGCCGGUGGUGGAUCCACGAUACCCUUGUCUCAUUAAAUUCUGGGUUCGUAUAAUGGGUGUCCCACUGCAUUUCUGGGCUGAUGAGAGUUUUCGUACUAUUGGAGCUGAUCUGGGAGAGGUCGAGGAAGUUGAUCUGGAUAAUGGUUGGGUGAAGAUUUUGUUGAAUGGUUUCAAACCUCUUGUUUUUGAAGCCUCUGUUGAGUUUGACAGUGGUGAGGAGACAACCAUCUCUAUGCGGUAUGAGCGUCUGUAUGGGUAUUGCCGGCGUUGUCACAGCUUAUGCCAUGAUUUAAGCCAUUGCCCACUAUUUGGUGAUAAGGGGAAGCAUCGACUUGACAAUGGUUUUGAUUCAACAAAAGACGAUAAGCUCCAGAGUUAUAAGGGUGCAACGGUGAAUGGUGGGGUUCAUGCUACUGGUUCGGGACUAAAUGGUGCUGGUUCAGGGGCGUCUGUUCAAGGUUCUGCCCAUGGAAGUGGCCGUGGUGUAGGGCAACAGGCUGGGCAUCAUCGGUCGAAUCAGGGUUUUGGUAGUAAGUGGAGGAAGAGUAAAAAGAAUUCUUCUGUGGAUGGGAGGUUUGUGCAGAAGGAUGCAACUGUUGCUCUUGCUCCUGCUACAACCUCUCAGGUUGUUGUUUCAGAGCCGAGUAUAACUCAACCUCCUUCUAGUAAUGUGGGAAUCAGUCUCUCUCCUUCUGAGCAGAAGCUGCUAUAUGUUUUCCUGGGUCCUCAAGGUGAGGUGGCUGUAGCUGUGGGUGAUCAAUCGGGCGAGUCCAAUAUGGUUACUGUGCGGGAAACUGAAAAAAGGGUGUGCAAGAAUUUGUUCCCCAGUGUUCCAGCUUCCAGUUCUAUGGAAUUGUCACAACAGGAGAUUCUCUUUUCUGAGGACCUCGAGAAUCUGUUGGGACAGGGGUUUCCGACAAGGGAUGCACCAGACCUGGGUUUCAUGGACACUAUAAUAGAGGAGCAAGGUGUGGUGUCUCCCCAGGAGGAUAUUUCAUUAACGGAGGAAGGGGAGGACGAUGAGGGUACUGAGGAGGUGGUAAACUCUGAUCAAGUCUCUAAUGAGGAUGCUAUUGGUAAUAAGGAUGAUGUCUCUGGAGUUACGGCACAGAGCAAAACAGUUGAAGGUUUGGUGCCUCCUGCACAGGCCAAAGUGGGGAAACAAAAGGAUUCUCUUCCAGGUGCUAGCACAAAAAAGAGGAACAUGGUUUCUUUGACUUCCCCGCGUAAGAGGAUUGUCACUAAAGGGGGUGGACUGAAUGGGAAAGUCGGUCUUCACCAAGGAGGAAAACCUCCACACCAUCCGGGUAAUUAAUGUGUAGCAAGUAGAGGGCAGCAUGGUGGUGAGCGAGUAUUGGUCUGGGCUCCUUGGUGGUUUUUGUUUUCUCUUUUUCGGUUUUGCUUGAAUAAGGCACCAAUGGUUGAUCCAUAUGGUUGUAAUCUCUUUAUGUUUUGGUUGUUAUUGCUGUUUUUGUCUUGUACUUUUCUGGGUUGUACCCGCUGUUCUUCCGGUAUUCAAGUAUUUAAUAAAACCUGUUGGCCCUUAUUUUGGUUUCA